AAAAGUGUCGCUCUCACCUCUAUGAUUCGAAAGUUACUACCGAAGCCCGGACCAAACGCCGUAUCCGGAGCCUUCUUUGCAGCAGAAUCGAUACUUUUCCGUGUCAAUUUAGUUAUCAAACAAUCAAAGGUACGUCACGGUUUGCUCCCCUGAAAAUUGGAUUGUGGAGUUGGAGAAAAGCAGGAUGAAAGUCAAGAUCUUCCGUACUUAGGUCCAAUAGAGCACGGUUAUCUGAAGUUGAACACUUGUAGUAGCUGCUUGAUAGUGUUAUAGGAUCGAUGGGGCCCAGAUGGAAAGGAAAAGGCUCAGCAGCCAAAGCUCUUGGUGAUCCCAUGUCCAAGAUAGUUUCUCAGCUUCAAUCUUCCCUAAUUCAAUCAGACGCUAAGGCCCUGCUUUCUGGUUCCAACAUGCUCCUCGUUACAGACUCUCUUCAAGCUGAUCUCCUCAACCGCGCUUGUUUUGGUGUCCCCAUUACCUCGUCCGAAAAGUACAAGCAAUGGUUUCAACUAGGCAUGGAAGAGGCCUUUUACCUUUCUCAUUCCCUUAAAUGCCUCAAGAUACUCAACAAAGACGAGUGCUUGAUGAAUGAUCAACAGCUAUGGCAGCACAUGAAAUCGAAGAAACCAACAUUCCCUGAUUUUUACAAGGCCUAUUCUCAUCUCCGAGCUAAAAACUGGGUUGUGAUGUCGGGAGUUAGAUACGGUGUUGACUUUGUAGCCUACCGCCAUCAUCCGGCUCUGGUCCAUUCAGAGUUUGCUGUGCUUGUUUUUUCGGAAGGAGAUGGUGUUGCAAAUGAAAGAUUGAGAGUGUGGUCUGAUAUUCAUUGCACCACUAGGCUUUGUAGUGGUGUCGUGAAGACAUUGUUGGUGCUUGAGAUUAAUAAGAAUGGUCAUGAUGUUGAUUCUCCUUCAUGUGUGGAAGAGUACAAUGUUAUUGAGUAUACAAUCACAAGAUGGCUUCCUGAAAGAUGCCGUGAAGAUCAUAAUGUGGUUAAAAGUGAAAGCUGUAAUUGUACAAUAUCUGAGACUGAGUAAAACAAAUAAAGAGUUAUUACGAGUCUUUCCCUUUUUGGUGUACUUGCAAUGCACACUAUUUUUGUUGGGUUAUU